UUUAUCCGUUAUAUAUAAUAAACAUUUUGCUAACAUGUGUAUUUAGCAAUCAUUAAUUUGAAAUGUAUGUCUUUACAAGAAGAAAAUGGCUUCUUACAUGCGAUACUCGAGCACACGUGGUUAUGGCAAAUUGAGAAUUCUAUUUACGUUUGUGCCAGUGUAUAUUACUCGUGACAAUCUUUUCGAAUUUAAUAUGAAUAAAUUAUCAUUAUAAAUAUCAAUUUCUUUCGUUAUUUUCACUUUUUAUAUAAAUGAUAUCCACAAUGGCGACAGUAACGGAAGAAGAAGGGAUUAAUGAGAAACAAGACGAUAAUGUUAAUGCAAUUGCACCGGAUAUGGAUCUUUGUAAAAAGUGUGGUAAUCAGUGUAAUCCGUACGCUAAACCAGCUUUACGUUGCAAUGGUGAUUGCGCUGGAAAAAUUCAUAUCGAGUGCCUUCAAAGAGGAAGUGUUCCAGUAUCUUUUGUCGGAGACGUCUUCUUUGAAUUACAUUGCACUGACUGCAGUCCGUUAGGCGAGGAAACAGUCAUAAGAGAUCGAAUGCCAUGGCUUAAUGUAAUUGUAUUAACUUUGUACAACUUAAGAGAAAAAUCCAGUGGAAUAAGUAAAAGGGGAUAUUUCCAUUGGAAGUCAGAUAUUAGUACUUUUGUAGAUCGUAAUUGGGAUCAUUUAUUUAAGAAAACUGUCAAAAGAAAAAAGAAUUGGAUUGGUACAAUUUCUGGAACACUGUCACAUUAUAGUGGGAUCUUUUUUAAAUCAGGAACAGUUGAAUUAGGAGAAUCUGGUUGGUGGAGACUAAUAGAUAAUGAUCCGCCAGAAGUUCUAAUUGCUAAAAACGGAAAGAUGAUAAUGGAUCGUAAAAAACAAAAUGGUAAUCAACAAAAGUCAUCGGUUAAAUCAUACAUUAGUCCGACGCCGUCCGAAUCAAGUAUUUCAGUUGGAGAAGAUAGCAAUUAUGGAGCAGAAGCAGUCAAAAAUCAAGGGCCAUCAAUGUAUUCGCAAGCUUAUGUACAACCAACGGAAACAUUGUCUGACCUCUUAUUGGAGGAAGAUGAAUUAAAUGAUAUGGAUAUGGAAGAUGAUUUAAUCUUACGUGAUCAGCAGGACACUCUUUCUUUGUCAGAACUAUUGGCAGAUUGUCAAUAUCAAAAUUCUAAUUUUAAUUUUCCUCGACUAUUUGAUAAUUUUACAUCUGAAUGGUCUAACAAUACAGAGAUAACAGAAGAGUCAAUAAAUGAUAUCACUGAUAAUAAAAUUAAAAGAGAAGAAGAUCAAUAUGCAGAAGAAAGUAACGAUAGUAUUGCUCAAGAGCAACCACCUCCAGCUUCUUUAUUUCAAGCUACAAAACGAGAUAAAUGGCCUUGGCAAAAAUCGAUUGUUAAUAAUGAGAAGAUACCUCUUAUGACGCAUCAAGAAGAAGCAUAUCUCUUACAAAGAGUUAAUAAACGCUAUCUAUAUUCUGCUUUUCCUUCUGCAAGACGACUAUACAGAAAAUUAGUUGUUAGAAAAUUGAAAAGAGAAUAUGGUUUACCUUUGUUAGAUAUAGAUCAUUUUGGAUCUAAAGAAGUAUCUAAGAGACAUUUCAAGGAAUGCGAUAGAGUCCUAGAUAGAUUUUUUGGAGAUGACAUAGGAUAUGUUUUUGAACAAAGAUUACAAGGGUAUAAUGAAGCAACAUCUGUCGUUAGUCCAUAUACAAAUAGACUUUUAAAGCCAUUUAUAAGAAGAGAUACCUCUAGUCGACCAUUAUGGUUAACUGUGAUGGAAGAACUUUGUGCUAAAGUUAAUAAAAAUAAUUCAUCUUGGAAACCAUUGACAAGAGCACCAAUUGAUUAUUCUUAUAUUAGACCACAACACAUUCCAGCGAUCAACAGUCUGUGUAAUCAAUUCUUUUGGCCUGGUAUUGACUUGACAGAAUGUUUACAAUAUCCUGACUUCAGCUGUGUUGUUCUAUACAAAAAGUUAGUGAUUGGAUUUGCAAUACUUGUACCUGAUGAAAGAAAAACUAGAUAGAGACACACGCACGAGCAUACUAAUGUGUAUGUGGCCAAUUGUCUGAAUUGGCCGCUAAAGGAAAGUAAAACCGCCGCCGCCUCCGCCGAUCGAUCAUUACAGCGCCUGCUUCGUAAGACAGAACUUUGGGAUUGGUGGGAUUCUUUGAAGAAGAAUCGAAUGAAGGAUGGAUAUUAGAAAGAAAAGAGAGAGAGAGAGAGAGAGAGAAAGAGAGAGACCGGUUCUAAACAGUACGAUCGAUACUACAUGAUAAUAUAACGAUGUAAUGAAAUUUACAAUUUAUUUCGUACUUUUCGUAUGUACGAACAUGAAGAAAAAUAUAUAAUUUCAAUUGUCUGAGAGCUCAUUCGGUCUGAAUAACAAUUGUAAUUUUUUACACGGGAAGAAAAAUUUUCAAAGAAAUUGCAAUGAAUUCAAUCGAAGCAUUCUCUCUUAUAUUUCCAAAUAAAGAGAAUGUAUUGUUCACGAAGGAAUUGAAAAAGCCCGCUAAAAGGAUAGUCGUCAUUCGAUCUAUCGAGGUCGCGAGAAAGCGAAUGACGUCAUUGAGUAAGCGAGCGCCACGGAACUGGCGUCGAGCCAUUCUCGAAAGUUCCGGAAACUCGUAGAAGCAAAUUUUGUAUAUAUGGGCUGCGCAGCUUACGCGACACUUUAGUACGUGACGAGAGAAGCUGAAGGUUGCUUCGAUUUCUCUGCCAGAUUAACAUAUAUUAUCGAAUAUUCUACAAAACUUAAA